AUGCGUGUUCUCUUCUGGAACAUCAAUGGAGUUGCUCGUGAGGCAUCCAGAGACAAGCUGAAGGAGUUAAUUAAAGAUUUUAAGCCUGAUAUAUUCUGCAUUGCAGAACCUAAGGUUUAUUGUUCUGAUAAAUUUGUGCAAGGUUUACAUAUUUCUGGUUAUAUGAGAAACGUUAUUCAUAAUUCUGUUGGGAGGUUGAAAGGGAAUAUUUGGAUCUUUUGGUCUGAGGAGAUGGAAAAACGAGGAGGGCGUGAGCCUAGAACUUCUGUCAUCAAUGAAUUUGCUGAUUGGAUGGAUGAUAAUGAUCUCUUUGAAGCAGACUCCUUGGGUUAUAAAUUCACUUGGGCUAAUGGUCAAUCAGGUGUAAGAAGAAUUCUUUGUAAAUUGGAUAGAGCCUUGAUUAAUGAAGCUUGGCUGAAUAAAUUUGAGAACUGGAGAUGUAAGGCUCUCCCUAGGGAAGUAUCCGAUCACUCUGCAAUUAUUGGUUUUCCUAUUACUUUUUUGAGGCCAAAAAGAGCUCCUUUCAGGUUUAAAAAGAUGUGGUUUGUGCAUAAUGAUUUCAUGAGAUUGGUUAAGGAGAACUGGAAUGCUCCUGUUUUAGGUUCUCCGGCUUUUAUCUUUCCCUUCAAGCUUAAGAGAUUGAAGAUCGGUCUAAAAGAAUGGAAUAUGAGGGUUUUUGGUAAUGUUCAUGCUAGGUUUAAGCAAGCUAAACUGACUUUAGAAGUUGCUCUUCGUAUUUCUGAUGAAUAUCCUGAGGAUGUUAGCAAGCUUAAUGCUGCUAAAGAUGCGUCAAUUAUUCUCCAAGACAUUAGAGCUCAACAAGCCAUUAUGUUAAAACAAAAAACAAGAAGUAAAUGGUUGUUGGAGGGUGCAAGUAAUACUUCUUUCUUUCAUGCCAAUAUUAGAACUCGUAGGAGCAACAAUAUGAUUUCUGAAUUGGUAGACGAUAAUGGGAAUGUUCUAACAGAUUUUGAACAAAUUCGAGACCAUGUUGUGUCUUUUUAUGAGGCUAAAUUUAAUGGUUCAUACCUGACUAUAGAGGAAGAUCUGUUUGAGUAUGAGCACAACAUUAUUUCUGUUGAAGACAAUCAAAGAAUGGAUGCAAUUCCGACUCUUGAUGAAAUUAAAGAGGCGGUUUUUAAUCUUGGAGCUGACAGUGCGCCUGGCCCUGAUGGUUUCUCUGGGUGUUUCUAUAGACAUUGCUGGGAGAUAAUUCAGCAAGACCUCUAUAAUGCUAUCAUUUAUUGUUGGACAGAGAAGGUUAUUCCUCAAGGUACUAAUUCUAGUCUCUUGAUUUUAAUUUCCAAGGUAAAAGGAGCAAACACUCUUAAUAAUUUUCGGCCUAUUGGUCUUAGUAAUUUUUUCUUUAAAAUUUUCACUAAGAUCCUAGCUACUAGACUUGGUAGUGUCCUUGAUAAUCUUGUUUCAGAAGAGCAAGUUGCGUUUAUGAAGGGGCGUAACAUUCAUGAAAACAUAAGUGUUGCUUCAAAGAUGGUUAAUGAUCUUAAGACAAAACGUAAGGAUGGCAAUGUUGGUCUCAAGCUUGAUAUUACUCAAGCUUUUGAUACGGUUAGCUGGUCUUUUGUCUUGGAGGUCUUUUGGAGGUAUGAUUUUUCUGACAAUUGGUGCUCUUGGAUUCUUUCAAUUCUGAACUCGGCGCGUAUUUCUAUUCUUCUAAAUGGUAACCCAGAAGGAUUCUUCAAGAUUAAUAGAGGUCUAAGACAAGGUGACCCCUUAUCUCCUCUGAUUUUUUUCCUAAUUGAAGAUGUGCUCAGUAGAAAUCUUACCAAGCUUUUUCUAGAAAAGAAGAUGACUCCUAUGCUCUCUAAAAGAAGUAUUUCUCCCACUCAUCUCUUCUUUGCUGAUGACAUUAUGAUCUUUUGUAAGGGAAACAUGAAGAGCUUGAAUAACCUUCUUGUUUUGCUUGGUAAAUAUCAAGCGGCCUCUGGUCAAUCUGUUUGUCGUCAUAAAAGUAAGGUAUAUUAUGGUGGAGGUUCGUUGAGUAGAUGCAGAACUAUAACUGAUUUACUUGAUAUGAGUGUUACUACUUUCCCUGAUAGAUACUUGGGUGUGCAAAUUAUGCCUGGUGCAGUUCGAUAUCGUCACAUAAGCAACGUUAUUGAUAAAAUCAAAAAUCAACUUGCUGUUUGGAAAGGUAAACUUCUUUCUUUUCAAGAUAGAAUUGUUCUAAUUAGCUCAGUGAUUGCUAGUUACACCAUUCACAACAUGGUUGUCUAUAAAUGGCCUAAGAAGUUCAUUCAACAAGCUGAAAGAGUGAUUCGUAACUUUCUUUGGUCUGGUGAUGCGGAGAUAGCUAGAAAAUUUGUUGUUGGUUUUCCUAAAGUUUGUUGUCCUUUGAAAGAAGGUGGCUUAGGUAUUACGAGCAUGGAAACCACCAAUAGAGUUAUGCUUAGGAAGUUGUGGUGGAGUAUUCGUUCUUCUCAAAAAAAAUGGGCGCGUUUCUUAUGGGCGAAAUAUACUUAUACUUGUGGGAGAUUGAAGCGUUAUGGUGUUAAAUCCUCUAUAUUUCCAGGGAUUAAAGUAGUUCAGAAUCUGGUUGAUAAUAACACUAAAGUUCUUCUUGGUGAUGGAAGAUCAACAUCUCUUUAUUAUGAUGUUUGGUAUGGUACUCAAAGCAUUGCUGAUAUAUUAGGAAACUAUGAACUGGAUUAUUCUACCAAGGUGAGUGAUAUUCUUAUUGAUAAUGCUUUGCAUCUUCAAGGAGUUCACGGUCAGGUGUUGAUGAAUGCUGGUGUUGAAGCCUCAAAUCUGCCAGUUUUACGUGGAGGAGUUGACUGCAGGGUCUGGAUGCAUGAUUUACAUGGGGUUUUCACGGUUAAAUCAGCCAAGGAGCUUAUUAGGAAGAAGUAUACAGUUUUGGAGGAUUUUGGCUUGCUAUGGAGGAAGUCUAAUCACCCUAAACUUGCUGCACAAAACUGGAAACUCUGCCAAGAAGCUUGCGCAACUUCUUACAAGAUCAGAAGUAGGUUUAAAGUGGAAUUGGCCAAUAGAUGUUACUUGUGUAAGUGUGAAGAGGAAUCCUUAUAUCAUAUUUUGUGUACUUGUUCUUAUUCAACACAAGUUUGGGAGUGGAUUGCAGGUAUUUUCUCUCUUCAACCUCAUUUUAAUAUUGUUGAUGCUUACAAAGUUUCAAAAGGAAGAAGUAGAAUUAUCAAAGAUCUUUGGCUGUUAUCAAUCCUAGUUGUUCGUGCUGAACUGUGGCAUGCUAGAAAUCUGGAAUAUUUUGAAAACAAAAGCAUAAGCAUUCAUUUUUUCAAGCAAAGAGUUUUUCAUCAGAUUCAUGAAUACUCUAUGCGUUUGAAGAGUUUUAUGUAUAACACUGCUGAAGACUUGGAAAUUCUGAACUACUUCCGUGUUAAGCAUAGGAAAGUGAAGAAUAUUCAACCUAUUGAGUGUUUUUGGUACCCUCCAAAUAGAGAUGAACUUCUUUUGUGUUGUGAUGGUGCUGCGAAAGGGAAUCCGGGGAUUGUUGGGGCUGGAGUUGUAGCCCGAGAUCAUGACAGCAACUUCAUUGGUGCUAUGAGCAUUGGUCUAGGUUGCACAAAUAAUUUCUUGGCUGAGUUAUAUGGUGUGAUUGUGGGUUUGGAAUGGGCCCAAAAGUGGGAGAUUAGAAAGGUGUUGGUGCGCUCAGAUUCAAUUGAAGCUAUUAUGGCUUUCUCUCAUAAUAAUAUUCCAUGGUUUGCAAAGCAGCGUUGGAGAAGUAUUCAGGAGACUUAUGACUCUAUUAGACUUAUGCACACAUACCGUGAAGCAAAUUUUGCAGCAGACUCUAUGGCAAAAAGAGGAUGUUUACUUGGUAAUGGUGAAGGGAUGAACUAUGAUGAGAGACCUUAUUUUAUUGUUCAUAAACCUACAAUCCAAGUUUGGCAAGCAAAAUCAGCUAAAACUGAUGAGGAAGAGGAGAAGUCUUUGAAUCAAGAUAAUAUGGAGGAUAAUAAGGUUGGUGCUUCAGCUGAUGAUACACAAUUGAAGGAGGAGCUUGAUCGCUCUGAAUCUGAGGACGUGAACAAACCAAAACCUUUUAAAACUUCAGAAACUGUUGGGUUUCGUGAAACUACAACUAAAGAAGAUAAUGCACGUACAAAUUUUAUCAAUGCAGGCCAUGCAGAUGCACUUGAUCAGUCUGGUGCUCAGUCCGUGGUUGAAUUGAUAAAACAUAAAAACACUCCUACUGAAGUUAUUGAUGAAGCUAAUCAGUUGGAAAAGGAGCUUGCUAAAUCUGCUGAUGAGUUGCGUGAAGCUCAGAUGAAGUUUAUUCAUUGUAAAAAUACUAUUGCAGCUCAGAAAGAUAUAACUUUACGUAAAAAUCAGGAAGACAUGGCUGCACAGAGUUGUUCUAAAGACGAAUGGAAUGAACAUCUGAGUUAG